UAUAGCUAAGCAGCAUGGAGAGAAGUAUUCAUACCUUUAUUAGACUUCCAAGGUUUACAGACACACACAGAAGUAAAAACAGCCUCUGGAUGAAUGAAAAUUAUUCAAAUGCUGGAGUUCAGUCCAGCCACUAUAGUAGUCUUAAUUCUUCCUACUUUCCAUACUCCCGUAGUCAGAAUAGUAGGUUAUAAAACCAAAAGAAGGCACCAAGACCCUGUCAGAUAUCUACAAGAGUUUACAGAACAAUGCAAGCUCGCAUCAUAAUUUAUAGGCCGAUAAGAAUAAAAAAAGACCUCCUCUUGAAGUCUUUAGCAAACUGCAGAACAGGUAAAGAGUUAAUAAGAAGAAGAAAGAAACAGAAAAGUUUUGGCAAUACUCAGAAUUCAAGCUUCGAAUACUCUCACCCAACCUUUGAAUCUCAAAUUAGUGGCAAACCAUGAGUUGUCCUUGAGAAUAAAUCAGACCAUCUUAUUAGAAUGAACUAUGUUAGAUACGUUAAAACUCAAUUCCACGAGAUGAGGCUUGACGAAGAAAGGCAACAAGAUGAAGAUUCAGACUGUGAUAUAAUCUUCAAAUACUCUAGUGAUGGAAGAGUAAACCCAAAGCAAAGAACUUUGAACUCCAAAGUUUAUGAUUUUUACAGAGAAUAUAAAAAGCUCAACCAAGAAAAAGAUAGUGGGUUAAUCUCUAUUGAAGAAUAUCAAAACAGAUGUAAAGACCUUGAAGAGAUUCAUCGAGAAGAGAUUAUUCAAGAAAUGGAGCAAAGUUAUGAUGUUGAUGGAUACAAUAAAUUCUUGUCAAAUAUUGCAAGUGAAAAAUAGGAUGCCAAAAGCUUCGUUCCAGACACCUAUAUUAAAUAUUAAGCCUAAGACCCACCAAACCAAGCGGUCAAUUCCAAGGACGAUCUUGAGAGCAGUCAAAAACAAGCCUCAUGAUACUGUUAUCCCCGGGGAUACAAAGCUAAAAGCAUAUAGGGAUGCACUUCAGAUGCUCGAUAAAAUUAAAGCAACUGUAGAUGAUCAAGUUGUAAUCAAUGGAAGUAGUCUAAAAGAUAGACUUGAAACACAUAGUCCUGACUACCCUCAGAUUGAUGAGAAUAAAAUGGAGACCCUUGAAACUAAGCCUAAAGAUGAUUCGAGCCAGGAGCUAACUGAAAGGUCAGAAAAAUAAAGUAGUUUAUUGAAACAAUAAAAAGAAAUCCAACUUUGUAAAAAUUCCGGAUAUUAACAAAGACUUAGAUGAUACAUUGGAGAGGCCCUUUAAUGAAGAAGAUGAGAGGAAUGAUCAGAGCCAAAUUUCAAGUGAUAAUAUUAAGCAUCAAAACGUAGUUGGUUCAAAAUUCCCAAGUAUUGACCAACCUUACAUUGAUAAUUACGAAGAUUCAAGAAUGGAAACAUUAGAAUCAAAGCCAUACUAUGGGAGCAUAAAUCAAAGAAAUGAAGAAAAUAAGUCCAAAUCUUCUUUGAAUGGAUCUAAAUUUGGCUACUCUACAAAAUACCUCAAUCAAAAGGAUUGUAUUGACAAAACUGUUGAUUAUCGAACUCCUUUUCAGCCUUUAAAGCCUAGCAUCACAAAAAGGCCUCAAGAAGAGGAAAUCUCUAGCACAGUUUUUAUUACCACAAGACCUUCAGAUGGCCCACACUCAAAGUCUCUUGGGCAGAGAAACAGCAGAAACAUACCUACAUAUGCAAACGAUAAAAGUGAUACUCACUCAGGAGGCCAAAUAAUGGGCCCUGCAGAGAAAGGUCUAAAAGGAUUCCUUCAAACAUACUUUAAAGGAAGGAAAAAGGGCCAAGAUAUUUUCGAUAGAUUUAUAAAACAGGAAAAGCCUAACUCAAGCAAUAUGCAUCUUAAGAUGAAGAACAAAUCAAGGAAACUUAAGAAUCACCCAAGCUACAAUUACCUUUAA